AUGGCAUCCAACAACACAGCAUUCUUCUCUGCUUGUGCCUCUCUCAGCCUUGAGACCGUCAAUGUGGUGGUCUCGUUUUUUUACCUCUUUAUGUUCCCCACUGCGUUACUGCUCAAUGGGGUGGCGGCGUGGGUGUCUUUGCACCUCCGGUCCACCUCUACCUUCAUCGUGUAUCUCAAAAACCUGGUGGCUGCUGACCUGCUCAUGACACUGACCCUCCCAUUGAUGGCAGCCAGCAAGCUACCUGGAGCAGCGAUUGAGUUACGGGUGUUUAGCUGCCGUUACUUUGAUGUCAUUUUCUACAACUGUUUGUACACAAGCAUUGCUUUAAUGGGUCUUAUCAGCCUUGACCGAUUCUUCAAAAUUGUUAGACCAUGUGGAAAGGUGUUAGGACAAAAUGUGGUCUUCAGUCUUGUAAUGUCCACCUUGGUUUGGGUGGUGUUGUUUGGCACAACAGUCAUACCAACUAUCAUUCUGACUAACCGGGAUCCUGAUAACACAACAGAUGAUUUAUGUAUGUCCCUGAAAAGUCCAGCUGGUCAGUCUUUUCACAAGUAUGUGGUUCUGUCUAUGGAGAUUCUCUUCUGGAUUGUUAGCAUACUGAUUGUGUUUUGCUACAUCUGCAUCACCCUGAAAGUCUUGAAGUCCUUCAGAAACUCCGGGAGCAACAAUAGCCAGGGAAAGAAGAAGACCAAGCUGCGAGUCUUCUUGAUCCUCCUUGUGUUUUUUGUGUGUUUUGUGCCUCUUCAUGUGAUGCGUAUUCCAUUCACACUAGAGGAAAUCUUUGACAUUGAUACCUGUGCUCAAAUGUGGGUGUUAAUAGUCCAUAGAUUUGUCCUGUGGGUCUCUACCACUAAUGCCUGCCUGGACCCUAUUCUCUACAUCUACCUGUGCAGGGAGUACAGAGACAAACUGGUCGACUUGAUGAAAGCUGGAGGGGUCUGUGUCAGGUUAUAUUCUGGGCAAAGAGAGCAGACUUCCCAGUAG